AUGCCUAAAAAGACUGGACUCAAAGACUACAGUCUUUUAGGACUGGCUUUAGAGUAUUCUAUAAAAGAGUAUCUUUUUUUUAACGAAGUUAUAUCUUUAUUGAGAGCCCUUGAAAUGAAGUUAUUUCAUGCAGAAACCGGAAAACGACUUGCUGUUCGCAAGUCUAUAGAUGGGUCGCCAAUAUUUUACAAAGUAAAGACACCAGAUGCGAUCGCCUCAUCACUCAAAGGCACUAAUGAGUCGAUAAAUCAUCUAAUAAAAAAAGAGUUAGAAUCACCAAGUUCUUCAUCGAGUACGAUCGCUUCACAAACCAAAACUAUCACGAACUCUGGUAAUUUUACAAUGCAAUUAUUAAGGCUGCAAAACGAAUUGAGAGCAUCAAUCAAGAAAGAUCGUAUGGCUCAGAAAAAACUUAUCGAUGAAAUCGCAAAACAGCUUCCCAAUGAUCUCUCAAGAAAUGCAAUUGAGAAAAGAGUAGAAAGGGCAAAGAAUAUUUAUAACCUUUUCAAAGCUAUCGAUGAGAAAAAGAUAUAUUGGGGGACAGCAUCCAAUACUGUCAAUUAA